GUGGGAGGGAGAAGCGGAGGAGGAGGAAAGAGGCAUCGUGGAGGGGAAAAUUAAUUGCCCGCUGCAGGUUAUUGGCUGGCUGCACCGCCACGGAGGCUGCUGUUGUUCCAGCGUGGGGAGGAUGCUGCAGAAGAAGAGAGAGCGGCGAGCAGAGAGCUGCAGAUCUCUGCUGAUUCCUGAUGCACCGCCGGCUCCUUUUCAUCCGUCUGUAGAGAGCCACGGCCGCUCAGACUGGGAGGGAAACGCCACAAAUCUGUUUUAAUUUGGAAGAAAGCAGAAGGAAGACAAGCAGGUGGGGACACAAGUGUGCCGGUUUUACCCACUUCAGGAUCACCUUCUGUGGGAGGAGAAGGCGACUGAUUCCCCGGGGGAAAUCAGGGAGUGGACGGUUCCCAAAACAUCUGGAAAGGAGCGAGACUAAGCCGGAUUUAACCUCUGUAGAGAAAUGACGGAGCAGCAGAGGAAAUCAAAGGAUGAAAGAAUAGAGGAGGAGAAAGGAGAGAAGGCCGGUACUCUCAGGGUCUAGCUCCUCUCAGAAAACCUGCUGGCUGCUCCUGGAGGAGGAUUUUUUGGGGAGAUUACGCGGAGAUAAAGUCAGCUUCAUGGCAGACAGAGGGCGACUGUUUGAGGCUGAAGUUUGCUGAAACAAAGCCGGUCUUCACCUGUGUGGAUUAUCUCACCUGGAGGAGGAUUUUUGGGGAUUGAGGAGUUCACAAAUUGAUUUUUCUUUCUGGUCGACAAAGAUUUAAAGAUGCUUGGAAUUCAGUGUGGUGACCUAAACACUGGAAAUUUCAUCGACUGAGGAAAAUAAUUCGUGUAAUUUUCUGUUUAGUGGCACAUUUGUAAAAUACAGAUCCAGCAGCCUUGGGUCAUUUGCUGAAUUAGACGCACGUAACUGAAAAACAAAGUGUCAAAAAGGGAUUUUGAGAAAUUCCCAGAAUGGCAUCUCUCCAUUUAAACGCCUUUCACGCUGCAGUUUUUCUCUCCCUCUGUUUGUUUCCUGUGAACACACUUUUUUAAUCCUCUCUCUUUGUCUGGGUGCAUGUCUUUUGCUCCUUUUCCCUCUGAGACGUCUGACAGGAAUCCUGUGCUGGAUCAGGGUGCAUAAAACAGGUGCUGAUGACAGAUAACAGGUGCAGAGAGGCGCAGGUAGACUCUGAUAAAGCCAGAUAACUGAUGCUCGGUGACAGAAGCAGCAGGUGAUACAGGCUGAAUGUGCUUCUGCAGAGAGUCGAUCCUGUCUGUCAUCUUUCUGCAGGCUAAUCGAGGACCGUCUGUGGGCGAGGUGGGCGGUGAUAAAACCGGAGGGAGACGCUGUUCUCUGCAAAAAACCAACAUGCAAAAGGAGAAAAGUUAAACAGCCCCGAGCAGCAAGUGAGCAAUAAAUCUUUACUUAGAAUGAAAAAGUGAAGGAAAAGAUUCAGAAACUGCAAAGCGCUGAUUUAUAAAACAACCUUUUACACAGAAACAUGCAGGCACAGGAAACACCUGUCAGUAAAUAUUCAUCAUCAGAUUAUUUUGGAGCUCACAGGUUUGUCUUUGAAGAAACUUCAGCUCUUUAACACAAUAAAAUAGUUUGCAAAACUAAAUGUGCUUCGAGACUUUGCAGCUAAAUUUAGAUUUUCUGGGGGAGGAACAGCAAAAAGGACUGAAAUCAGGCUCAAGGAGGAAACAACAUGUGAUAUUCAACUGGAUAUUAAAACACACAGACAUAAACUGAGAGACGCAAAGUGCACGUGGCAGAGACCGAUGUGAGCCGUUAGUGAACCAGCAGGAAAUGUAUUUUUAAACUUUAUAGUAGACACACAAAAGUGGCCAAAAGUGCACAAAAAUGACAGAUUUACUGAUAUAACAUGGGAGCAUUUUCCAUCUGCACACAUCAAAGCUGAGUGCAAACGUAACACUUUAGAUGGAAACGCUGGAUUCAGAGAGGAGAGGCUGAAAUGUGGAGUCACUGCUAAAAGCACAAAUGCUGCUUCUCCUUUCUGACCCUACAAACGCAUCAUUAAUGCCACAGUGCUCAAAGCAUUCAGCUCUAAACACAACCAACCUUUCAAAAAACACAAAUGCACAAACUUUGAUACGUAAAGUAAAAAACAAAUCUCUUGUUUGGUUUGUUAGGUGAGCGGUUUGGGUAUAAAACCACAUUUUAAAGUUGAAACAGUAGAAACAGAUGCUGGCUGUUUCAAAAGAAAAAGAAAGUACUUUUACUUCUGCACAGACACGAUCAGCUCGACUUUUGGACAAUGUUUACAGAGGAGCCGCGGGCUUCUUAUUUCUUGUGGUGAUUCAAACCCUCAGAUGAAUUAUUGAGAGCUCUUGAUCCUCUCUCAUCAAGAAACGGUUCCAAUCUUUUAUUGAAGCUCUUGGCGUUUUUUCAAUAUUUCAAAAUUUCUGACACAAGCCAGCAGCCUGUUAGAGUCAGAUUGGGGGAGAAGGAACGUCGCUCUAAACGCUCACUGAUGUUCACAUGAAUUAUUGAAGCGAACUGAAAACAGUUUACAACCGGGAGAAGAGUUCUUUUCUUCAGUUCUUAUUAACCGUCACAGGCCUAGAUUCCAAACGCACCUCAGGAGACACACAAACUAACAUUUAGCUGGAGAGUUUUUGUUAGAUUAGAGGCUCAGAUUUAACCCAUUUUGGAAAAGCAGGAAAAAGAAUUUUUUAAGCUAAGAACCUUUUCCUUCCUCUUUGCAGGAACACACACUUUAUUUAACCAAACCAACAGAGAUCACACAAACGUCAUCCUUCACUGAGUUUGAAGUUUGUCGUCUACAAACUUUCAGCUGUUACAUUUACUCUAAACAGAAGCUGAAAACACACAAUUUGCAGUCACUUUCUUCUCCAUCAGCUUUCCUGCGCUCAUCAUUUUUUAAAAGCACCACGAUUUGGAUCUAUUCUGUUUUUAUUCAUCACUCUCGCAGAAGCUACCAAAUUUAUUCAAAACAGAGAGAGAAGCAAUUUGUUUGGUCAUAAAGAUAAAAUAUUCAGUGCAAGAAAAAAUCAAACUGUUUCUGCUGCAAACAUCCAACAAAGUGAAGCUUAAGUUGAUUUAAACUAUUUGAUAUUUGCACUGAGACUACAGCUGAAUGAUGCUGUAAGCACACAUGUACACUCUCCCUGUGGGAGCCGUGAACCAGCACUCGGACUUCAUCCUUCCAUCAGGAGAGAUUCAGCCGCUGUUCGUUUUUGCUUAAACAAACUGAACUGAUUUUUCAUGUUAACAGUUUCAAGCACAAACCAGAGAUCGCCUUCCUCCUCCUCCUCCUCCUCCUCCUCCUCCUCUUUCCCCCUGUAGGGCUGAAACAAUCUACCGUGCAUGAAUAAAAAUUAAUUUUGAUGAAAAGUGUCUCGCCUCCUCGCUGGCCGCAGGACACCAGAUAAAAGCUGUUUACUGCAAGGAGCAACAGAACGCAGCCUUUUUACGACAAAAACGGAGCUGAACGGCGUUUGUGCUGCUUUUGUCUUCGUUUCAUCAUUAUUUCUGCUUGUGAGUGGGAAACAGUGAGAAACAGAGAAGUGGGUUUUACUUUUGUCUUUAGAGCAGAAAAGAGGACACGACGCAAACUCAGCUUGACUCUCAGCUGGGGUUUCCCUUUCUUGUCUUUGAAAGAGAACUUGUGACUUUGAGCUGAUAAAAGGAGCUGCACAUGUUUGGAGACACUUCUGGGGCUUCUCAGAUGAAGUGGAAAUCUCACUUUACUGUAUAAAAACUACAAGUACCCUACUUUGGUGCAUAUUUGUCUAAAAACUGACUGAGUUUGAAGAACAAGCACAGAUCUGCUAUACAGCUUUUACCUGUUUGAAAUAAAUCAGCAUAAAUUUGAAUCAUUUUUUGAUACAUUUCUUGACAGAUUUCCUCGCAGCCUUAUGGUUAACACAAAGAACAAGAAUAAAACUUUUUAGAUACACGAUCUUCAUCACAGAAUAAAGAUUUCACUUCGUUUUGGCUCAAACCUGAUGAUUUGAUGUCAGUUUGGAACCUCAUUUUAGGCCAAAGGUCAGUGGGUGAUUAAAAAAGGUUAAACAAGCAAGAUCGCGAACACUGACCCGGACACAUCAGAUUUGGAGGUCAAAGGUCAGACAGACAAGCUGGAUUAUCGAUACGGACUGGCAGCUGUUUCCUGAGGGACCUGCGGUGACAGAGAACAGACGACAGAGAUUCAGAUCAAGAGGACAGACAGACCAAGACGCCAUCAUGGGCUGCAACAUGUGCGUGGUCAAACGUCCAGAGGAGCAGUACAGGAUCAUGUUCCAGCAGAAAGGCUGGAGUAGCUCCCUGCGGCCGAUGGACAGACACGGAAACGUAAAGCUCAGAGGAAGAAGACCCUCUCAGCUGCCGCUAGACCGAUCACAAAACUCCCAGGAGCCUUUGAGCCAGUCUGGGCUGGGGUGCAAAAGUCACAGGAGGAAAGGUACGUUGGUGUGCGGAAACGGGACGGUCAGCUCCUCCGUCUCUUCUGUUGCCAUGGUAGCGAUCCCUGACUGUGUUGACAAUGCAACGCAGACUGACAUCAGUUUCCAGAACACUCUGACCCUGGGGAGAAGCAGAGGUCACCAUCACCACCACCACCAUGGUGAGGGAGGCUCCUCUUCUCCCCCACCACCUCCUCCAUCACCUCCCCUCCCUCACCUGGCAGUGCCGUACGAGAUCAAUGAGUUCUGUGUGUUUGAAUACAACGACCCCAAUGACUACUUUGAUGUAUCCAACCACGAGGUGGACAGGCAGGAUGACCUGGAAUAUGAGGAGGUGGAGCUGUACAAGUCCAGCCAGCAGGAGAAGCUGGGUCUGACGGUCUGCUACAGGACGGAUGAUGAGGAGGAUCUUGGCAUUUAUGUUGGGGAGGUUAAUCCAAACAGCAUCGCAGCCAAGAACGGACGCAUCAGAGAGGGCGAUCGAAUACUGCAGAUUAACGGCGUGGAUAUUCAGAACAGGGAGGAAGCCGUUGCCAUUUUGACCCGAGAGGACAGCAUCAACUUCUCCCUGCUGCUGGCCAGGCCCGACAUAGAGAAUGAAAACCCCAUCGAUCCAGAGGAGGACAUGGAACUGACUCUAGAGGGAGCAGACUUUCCUUCAAACCCACACAUUUCAUGCUCUCUCAACUCCUCUCAUAAUACUGGCUACUACCGCCUCCACCAAGGAGGAGAAGGCAGGUCAUCCUUUCCUUUAGGAGGAGCAGGGGGAGGCAGAGACGGUGAGGUGGAAGAUGAAGAGGAUGAAGAAGGAGAGGACGGCGAGCGAGGAGAGAAGGACGACAAAGAGCCACCGGUCCCCCUCCCUCCUCUGCUGAACUUGGCACCUCUGCUGUCCAACAGCCAGGAGCUGGACAGCGGGGUGGGUCGGACAGAUGACAGCACCCGCUAUGAGGAUACAUCUGAACAUGACCUGCUGGGUGAUCAAACCAGUGCCUGUAACACCAACACCACCAACACACCAGGCAGCACCAGGAAGUUCAGACCUGGACCCAGCCCCAGGCCAAGUCCUAGACCUAGUCCUGGCCUCGGUCCCAGCCCUGGGCAUGGUCGAGGAGACGUCACCCCUCCUUUCCUCCACCUGCGCGAUCUCCAGCUCAGCUCUGACUCUCUCCCAGGUCUGGACUGGGGAGCUGGAGGAGGAACAGCAGCAGCAGCGUACAGUCCUCACCACCAUCACCACCAUAAGCAUUACCACCACCAUCACCAGCCUCUGACAAUGACCAUGAUGAUGCCGGGCCUGACGGAGGAAGAGUGCCAGCGUUACCAAGAGCUGUUAGAGAUCAAAUAUCAGUAUGAGAGACAUUUGGAAAGACGCCGGAGAGAGCUGGAAAAGGAAACCACUGAAGCAGAAGUUAAAGGCCGAGAGGAGGGGGACGAGGCAGCAGAGGAAGCUGAAGGCACAGCUUCUGAAUCGGUAGUGGACGUGAACAGCAAAGAGAUGCCAAGUGAGCACGAGUUGGCGUUGAUCGAGGAGGAGCUGCGCCACCUGGAGUUUAAGUGCCGCAACAUUCUCCGAGCGCAAAAGAUGCAGCAGCUCAGGGAGAGAUGUCUGAAAGCCUGGAUGAUGGAGGAGGAGACGGUGGCAGGUGGAGCGGGCCGACCAGGACCCUCUGAAGGAGGUAACAACCAGCACCAGGAUUUGCAUAACGAGGAUAAUGACGAUCCUCAUCACCACGAGUUGUCAGCCAUCAACGAACUCCCGGAGCGCGAGCGAUCGGAUGACAAAGACAGCACCAGUGCCUACAACACCGGAGGGGAAAGCUGCCGGAGCACGCCAUUGGUCAGCACCGAGCAGAUCCCGCCUCUUCAGGAGGAUGAAGAUGAAGGAGGCAGACGCAUGACCUCUCCACCUCCGCUCCUCCCCCUCAGUCGCCUCCCCCCUCUAAACUCCCCCCUCACGCCUCAACGUCACAGGAGGGACCGAGACAGAGAGCGGCGUCACUCAAACCUCAGCUGCUCCUUCUCCCCGAGCGCCUACAGGAAGUACGAAACCUCCAAUGGAAACUUUGCAAACGGCUCAAGCUCCACCCCCUCUACGCCUUCAAAGUUCAGGUCUCUGACCAGAGAAACGGGGUCAGCUUCUAGGAGGGGUAUGGCUGAUGGAGGGCGGAGCUCCAGAGCAGGUGGAGCCCCCUACAGGCCUGAAGGUGGAAGUGCAGAGUCGAGCCCCUAUUUCACCCGGAGGCAGCACAGACACAGCAAACCGUUAGAACGCUAUCAGAGCUGCAUGACCCUGCCCUCCGAGGGUCUGGUGGACCCCCUGGACCGAGUGAGAGACAGCGGCAGGGCAGACGGGGAGGAGAGGGGGGUAGCCACAGGCAGCAGUGGACCAGCAAGCCCCAGGAGUGUGAACAGCGCCCCCUGUGGCCUGGAGGACCACCGUGCAGGUGCCUCACGGUUAGGACUGGCCUUACCUCUUGGACUGACUCACUCAUCACCAAACGCGUCUCCACAGCGCAUGGAGUGGAAGGUAAAGAUUCGCAGCGAUGGGACUCGUUAUGUGGCCAAGCGGCCGGUCAGAGAUCGUCUGCUGAAGGCCAGAGCCAUGAAGAUCCGCGAGGAACGCAGCGGCAUGACGACAGACGAUGACGCUGCCAGUGAAAUGAAACAGGGUCGAUACUGGAGCAAAGAGGAGAGGAAGCAGCAGCUGCUGAGAGCUCGAGAGUACAGAAGAAGAAGAGAGUUCAUGAUGCAGAGCCGCCUGGACUACAUGAGAGGAGACAGGGAUCUUUUGUCAUCAACAGGGUGCGCUGAAGAGCCCCAUUUAUCCCAGAGCCUCCAGUUUAAUGUGCAGCAUAACUCCCCCAGCAGCAACAUCCUGCAGCUGAGCCAGAAGAAAAUCACAAAGAGGAGGAAUCGUCGCAUUCUCGACAACUGGAUCACCAUCCAGGAGCUGCUGGCUCACGGCUCGAGGUCACCGGAUGGAAAGAAAAUUUACAACCCUCUGCUGUCUGUCACUACUGUGUGACCUCAACAAGGAGACCAUGGAAACACACAGUGUGGACCUAGAAGCUCAACGCUCUUUCUUUGUGGAGCUAAAAACAUGAACACACCAGAAAGAGAGAAACUUAAAGAAUUAUAAACAAAGGUGGAUAAGAAGAGAAGAGACUUAAAACAGAAGCAUUUGGUCUCACAGGAGGAAUCCUCCGAGCAUGAAAAGGAAAGAACGGAGAUGAGUGCAAACAGAGAAUGAAGCUAACAAUCCUCUUCACUUUCUGACGUCACUUCAAACUCAUUAGAGAUACACGUGAGGACGCAUGAGCCUCGAAAGGAAACAGAAACGUCCUGUUCUGGCCUCGGCUGUGACAGUCUGAAAAAAAGCACAGGUUUGAUCUCCUGGUCCUUCCCCAGGUGCACAGUCACAUCGCUGUUAAUUACAAAUUUUUCUGUGAAUAGCAAAGUCGUGCUCAUGCUAAGACUUUUCCAUCAAGAAAAAAUGACUAUAAGUGUAAUUUUAAGAGAAAAAAAGGCCAGAAGAAUGGACGUUUAUGGAGGAUUGAAACUGAAAACUUCACAAAUAAAGGAAGGAAAACAUGAACGUUUCCUUUCACAUUCAUUAUUUCUUUCUGUCCGUGUUGCUACUGAACAUGAAGCAGAUUCUAGGUUGGACCCCCUGUCAGCUGCGUGGGGUCCUCAUGUUUGCUGUGUCUGUCCUCCACACUGGUCGCAGGUGUGAGAGCUCUCUGUGAUAAACUGGCAGCCAGUUCAGGGUGGACGCUGCUUCUGACCCCGUGGACCCUCGAAUAGGAACAAUAUUCCUGCCACCAUCAAUUGGAUGAGCAACAUUUAUCCCUGUAUGAUAUAUGACAUGCCUACUUAUCUAUCCAAACGUAUUGUUGUUCAUUCAAAACAAAUCAGUUUGGAAAGAAAUAGGAGUGAAAAUUCCAAAACUUUAUACAUAAAAAAUAAAUAAAGUCAUUCAUUUAAAAACAAACUAUAUGAAUGAAAUGAUUACAAAAUGAUAAAAAACAAACGCUAAAAACUAAAAAUUCAUGGAUCUGAAAGGUUUUGGUCCUUCAUGAACUCCUCGGCGCCACGAGUGAAGCAGCGACAACACCGGCAGGAAGGAAGUGACAUCACUGUUUAAGGACAAUACAUGUUUACUCAAACAUUUACUGAUACUGAGUAAAAUAUGAUUACAGUACUACUACUAGCUGCUGUGUGAUCUGUGCUGUCACGGUUACGUUACACAACACCCGUCUUCUGAUCAUCAUUUGUAAAUCGCUUUCUCAGAAAACCUUUUAAAGUUCUAACUUUUGUAAACAGUUUAUUCAUGUUGACGGUUGAUAUAUGUUAAAUGUUGAGUCUCAUAUUGUUGUUCAAAUUUUAUAAAUUUUAUAGAUUGUGUUGUUUAUCCUGCAGGAGCGAGCUGCAGGUCCGUCGUUGUGCUGGACGCUGUGCAGGUGUUCAACAGAGAAUGCAUGAAAAUGAUGUACUGGACUAUUAUUGGAUGUCGUUCUUAAAGUGCUGUAAAGUACAUUUUUAGCAGUGAAAGGUGUGAAAGUGUUAAAAUAAAAUAAAAAGGCAGAUGAG